AUGCAGGACGCAUCCGGCCCCGGCUCCGGCUCUGCUCCUCCGGCACCGGUUCUGGCCCCGGCUCCAGCUCCGGCACAUGUUCCAGCCCUGGCCCCGGCGCCGGUGACGCUGUGCCAGGACUGUGACACGCGGUGUCGGGCGAGAUCGGCGUGCGAAGCCUACGUUGCCGCGGCAGGGUGCGGGAAUGCCUGCACCGUCGAUGUCUCGCCCGCGUGCACGACCUGCAAAUCCCGUGCCGUGCAGUCGUGCACGACCUACUGCAACGAUAAGUGCGCGCCCAACGACUGCGUCGGCUCAUGCAGCACAUUCUGCACCGAUCAAACCGAGCGGACCGCAUGUCGGAACGAGUGCAGUCCCUACUCCUUCUACAAGCAGCGGGUCAAAAUAUGCAAAGCAUGCGAGUCCAGUGCCGCCACGAGGUGCAUCGACGCCUGCAGCAGCGAGUGCAAGUCCAACCGCGUCAGCAGCGGCUGA